AAAUACUUUGGGCUGAAGUGAUCAAUACUUUCUGUUUUCGGGUGAUUGUACUAUAUUUAUUUCCGCUGCGCUUAAUUAUCCGAAAUUUUCAAGCCAUGUAAUAUCUGGGGUAAAGUAUAAAUUAACAUGAACAAGUCUAGGUUGUAUAUGAUAAAUUUUAAAAGGGAUGAAAGUUAACAACAAACUAUACAAAGAAUGAGUACACCUGCCCAAAUUUUAAAAGAACUAAUUGAUGCUCCUGAACUUUUAGUAUGCCCUGGAGUAUUCGAUGGUAUAACUACUAGAAUAGCUCUUAAAGCAGAUUCAAAGGCUCUUUACAUGACAGGUGCUGGAACUGUUGCUUCAAGAUUAGGAAUGCCUGAUUUAGGUAUUGGUAAUUUGAAUGAUAUGCAUGAAAAUGCUCAUAUGAUAGCUGGUAUUGCUAACAAGGUACCUCUUAUUGCUGAUGCGGAUACAGGCUAUGGAAAUAGCAGUGUUUGCGCUCGUACUUUAAACUUUUAUGCAAGAGCAGGUGUGGCUGCUUUACAUGUUGAAGAUCAAGUUCUUUCCAAAAGAUGUGGUCAUUUAAUGGGUAAACAAUUGGUAUCUGCUGAAGAAUUUGCUGCACGUAUUCAUAGUAUGGCAAUUGAAAGGAAAAGAAUUGGAUCUGAUAUUCUAAUUAUUGCAAGGACAGACUCGUUACAAGAUGAAGGUAUCGAAGAAGCCUUAAAGAGAAUAAAGGCUGCCAUCAAAGUUGGUGCAGAUGUAGCAUUUGUUGAAGGAAUUGCCAAUGAAGAACAAGCAAAACAAAUUAUUUCCGAACUUGCUCCUGUACCUGUUUUACUUAAUGUAGUCCCUAAUGGAUUGACACCAAAUUGGAGUGUUGAAGAGGCCCAACAAUUAGGAUUUAAAUUAGCUUUAUAUCCUGGAUUGUUUCUUGGACCUAUUGCAAUCACUUCUCAAAAGGCAAUCGCUGAAUUAAAAUCUACUGGUAAACAAGCUAUCCCGGAAGGAAAUCCAAAGGAAUUCUUUAUGACUAUGGGUCUUGGAGAAGUCGUAACUCUCGACAAAAUGGUUGGGGUAACUGCUACCUCUCAAAUUUAAAAAUAGUUCUAUUACUUA